AUGUCUACAAGUCAUAAAACACUUGUACAUUUGAUCACUGUUGUUUGCUUUGCAGAAAAACCAAAGUACAAAGGAACAGCGUUCACGACCGAUGUAGUGAAACCGAAAGGUACUUUGGAAGAGCAGUUGUUUGAAGCCGUGCAGUCAGGUGAUUAUGAUGAGGUGAAAGAUGUGUUGGCGAAGGGCGCAAACGUCAACCACGUGCAGGAUGGGUGGUCAGCACUCAUGUUCGCCGCUCUCUACUCACAUUUCAACAUUUUGAAGUUGAUCUUGGAAAAUGGUGGUGACGCCAAGUUCCACCGAGACUUCAACACGCCGAUUAUGGCGAUUUGCAACGGAGGUGUCCGGUCUCAGGAUGAAGAUGACAGAUGCGAGUGUGUGAGGCUGUUAGUGGAGCGCGGUGCAGAUGUCAACGACUCGGAUAGGCAUAGAAAUACAGCUCUCAUGAUGGCGGCCGAAGUCGGCCAUGCUAAACUGGUUAAACAGCUGCUCGAUCUUGGUGCUAGAGUCAACGUGUUGGACAAAGACAGAGCCACUGCUCUAAUGCAUGCUGUCAAAUACAACCGAAACAAUGUGGUUGAUGUUCUUUUGAAAGCUAAAGCCGAUUUCAGAGUAAGGGAUCGACACAACAAUUCAGCUUACGAUUAUGCCGUUAUAAAAGGUAAUGAAACAUUAGCAGGUAAAUUGCAGUUCGACUUUAUGAAGACUUCAACUUCGAAGAAUGUGAAUGUGAAAAAAUCGUUCAUUUUAGAGGAGUUACUUGAAGAAAUGCCCAGUAGAAAUCGUGGUGGAAAUUUGGCCGGGUUUCCAUCUGAUCUCUAUGAAUUACUAUGUGGUAUGGACGAACAGUACUCUGCCUAUGUGUUCUACGAUAACAAAAUACAAUUAGGUGAGUUUCUGUUGAUGACUGAUGAAAAACUGAAACUUUUAGGAGUGAAAUUGAGUUUUCACCGGCGAAGAAUCUUGGAAUCUAUCAAGUCAUUCCAUUUACAUCGUUGGUCGGCAUCGUCAUUUUGUUGCAAAAGAAACACUGAGAAAUUCGAUUCGAUGGAUUGUAUCAGAAUGGUGGCGGCUCUCGUAAGACAGUUGCACGUUAUGCAAUCGAGUUUAUUGUAUUUGGAACAACACUUAUCUGACGAAGGAUUGCAUGACGAGGCUUUGCAAAUCCUUAAUAAAGCCGCCCACGAGGCUCAGCUAUUGGGAAGCGAGUGCCACGAUAUAGGACAGUUUGCGGCAGCUUUGGACAAGAGACAAAAGAUUGUGCCAGCCGAUUUGAUUGAAGCAAAAACGAAAGAUCGAAGUAAGAAAGUGAUCGUCAUUCAUGGCUUAUGGUUGUGUGCAGUGGGUGUGGUUGCUUGGAAGAGGAAGGGAUUUCUAAUAAACUCUCUACAUAAGAUUUCUCAUGUAUUCAACUGAAAUCUAAAACUAUAUUUUUUAUUUUGUUUAUUUCUGUGAGUGAUUAUGUAAUCUUGAGAUUGAUUGGGUUCAUUCGCUCUUACUUCACGUAAAAUAAUUUUUCAAA